AAUCAGUGUACCGCCGGCCGCGUAGUCGAUCGGUCGGUUUGUACUGUUUUUCUUCGUGGGAGUUUCGUUUCGACGUCUCCGUUUGAUCUCUUUCUCUCUCUUCAAUUUUCGAUAGUAUCCGUUUCGAAAAACGAUUGAAAAAUUUCUCCCACUAUUACGUUUCUUUAAAAAUACAAAACGAUUAUUCCUCGUUCAUUAAACGAUUAGAAUUUCUUACGUCUAAGAAAUAUAUUCGUACGUUUAUUCUCUUUUAACGGCGUUUUUUUUAUUACGUGAACCUGAAUAAACUUUACACUCGUGAAACAAACUAUCCUUCGCAUCUUUUCUUAUACGGAGCCAAAGAGAGAGAGAGAGAGAGAGAGAGAGAGAGGGAGAGAAAGAGACAGGAAAAGAUUGGAGAAAGGGAAAUGAUGUCGAAGGGACAAGAAGGUCGAUUCUUCUUCGAUAAUUAAUAUCUUAGAAGACAAUACCCUUAUUGCGAGAAAAGUGUAGUAUAUAUUGCAAGAGAAAGGGAAGGAGUGAGGGAGUCAAGCGAGAGGGGCCAAGAGAGGAAUUCCAUCUAUCUUCGCGCAGAGGUCAUCACGGAGGUCAACCGGAAGAAGAGAUCGAUAAUACGAGCGAAUAAUUUUAAGAUUCUCCUUUGAGGAACAUAUUAUAAAACACUGUUAUAAUUAAAAAGAAAAAGAGAAAGAAGAAAAAAGGAACGAGACAAGAAAGAACAACAAAUUGAAGUGAUAUCGCAGGGAUAUCAAUAAGGGGCAGACACGCGAAGGUAAUAUCCCUCUCGAGGAAAAAAAAAAAAAGUAAAAGAAGAAAAAAAGAUCAAACGCAGGCGCCAUUUUUUUUUUUUUUGGUUAAAUGGCGACUAACCACAACUCUAUUGAAAGCUAACCUAUAAAAAGAGAGAAAAUAAAAAAAAAAGAAAAAAGAAAAAAAAAUAGAAUAACAGCGAGGGGGGAGGGAGGAAUAUAGGAAUCUCUCGUUAGAAGAAGAAAGGAAAAAACAAACAAAAGAAGUGAGAAAGAGUGGAAGAGGAAAGCGAAGGUCAUGGCGACACCACCGGACUCGCCGGGACCGGAAGAGGCUCUUUUCGAGUUCGAGAGCACGCGGGCGAGACAACAAACCGCCAGACCUGUAGCCCUCGAGGAACUACUCAGACAGACCAAGUUCUCGAGGCAAGAGAUUCGUGUUAUGUAUCGAGGAUUCAAGCAGGAAUGCCCGGAAGGUGUGGUUCACGAGGACUCCUUCAAGGACAUAUACGCAAAAUUCUUCCCGCAUGGCAACUCCAGCCUCUACGCUCACUACGUAUUCAAGGCUUUCGACGUUAACUGUAACGGGGCCAUCAGCUUUAGGGAUCUUUUGGUAACCCUAUCGACCCUUUUGCGAGGUAGUAUUUAUGAGAAACUAAGAUGGACCUUUAAAUUGUACGACAUAAACGGCGAUGGUUGCAUCACGAGAGGUGAAUUAGGUGAAAUGGUUACGGCCGUUCACGAGCUCAUGGGUAGAAGACAUCAUGCCGAGGAAGAAAGAAAAGCCAAGGAACAAUUGGACAGAGUAUUUAAAAAGUUGGAUCUUAAUCAAGACGGUGUUAUCACUAUCGAGGAAUUUAUUGAGAGUUGUCUCAAGGACGAUGUGAUCACAAGAUCAUUAGCUAUAUUCGACAGUGCACUUUGAUCUCCGGCAGAAGAGGAAAAGUCGGAGGAUGAGGUCUCUGGAAUAAAUGCGAUAGCACAAACGGCACCGACGCCACCAACGCCGCCUACGCCACUUUCUACAACAUUUUCGCAAUCUUUGUCGCCGUCGCCACCACCACCGUCCUAUUCCUUGUUACCACCGAUACCUCCGCCUUUACCCUCGCAACCACCACCAGGAUAUACUGUACAGGAUCAAGAGCUUUAUUUACUCUUGGCAGCUCAUUGGUGGAAUCAACCGGAAGCUCCUCUUUUUUGUUGAAGACGAUUUAACGCGAACUGUAACUGCCUCCGGUGCAAUGAAGAAAUAUAAUGUAUGUUCGACCGUAAUGUUUAUUAAAAAGAGAGUGAGAAGAGGAAGAAGAUGAAGAUCGAAGGAAGAAAAAAGAAAAAGAAAAAGAAAAAGAAAAUAAAAGAAACAAAAAAGGAGGUAAGAGACUAAGCUUCGAAAAUUGUUAACUCCCGAUAUGAAAGGAGUAUAUAACACGAACGAAGCAAGAAAGAAGAUAAGCAUGAUAAACAUUCGAAAUUUGAUCGAAUUCAAAUUCAUUGCUCCCUUCUUAAAAAAGAAGAAAAUAA